GAACAGGUCGUACAACUAAGGCAUGAGUUGUCUAUGAAAAAUGGUUUAUUGCAAGUGUAUUGCGCGGACAUUGAGGCACAAGAGCUCGAAUCGGAGGAACAGUCGCUGCAAUCGAUCGAAGAGAAGACCACUUCUGUGUCCAAUUGGGAUGAACUCAACAAAAAGAUUCUCAAUCUGGAAGAGGAGAAUCUGCGGCUCAAAUGCGAGGCCACCUCUCGAGCCAAUGAUAUCGAAGUGGAGGAGCGAAAGGAGUUACUACUCAUCCAAGACUGCGCCAAACAAUUGACGGAGGCCAAUCUUCAGAUACUCAACUUCCAGGAAGAGGUCGGCCGUAAAGGCGAAGACAAUGUCCGACAACAGGAAGAGAUCACAAAUCUGGUCACGAGAGUGGUUGAGCUCCAGCGUCGGGUCCGCGACCUGACGUUUGAGUGCGACUCCAUUCAGAACGCACUCCAUGUGUCUCACGAGUGCCAAAACGAGUUGACACUCGAGUUGAUUGAAAUUAAGGAGAAAUACGGCACACUUUUGGCCGCAUUUCACGAAUUGCAGACCGAAUUCAAGAAGAAGUCUAAACUCAACACAAGUUACUGCCAAUACAUGCCAUUCGCCGAUUCGUUGGCCUCGGAGUUGGAGUCGACGCUCGGCAGCGACUUAUCGGACAGCGAACUGUCGAGUCUUGGGUUUAGACCCAAACGGAACAGUAUAUCCCGUAAUCCGACGCAAGCGACCGAAGAGUUACGGUGUUAUAGUCCAGACUCUGUCCUAUCGGGCGAUUCAUUCUACUAUCGAUACAAUAAUCCGCAGUCAGUGAUUGGCGGCGGCGAUCGCAUCGGUGGCGGCGGUUAUGCCAAUAACAAGAACUACUAUUUGUCCGAUAAGUUACAGAUAGUGAAACCGAUUGAAGGGUCGGCCACUUUGCGCCAAUGGCAACGUCUGGCUACUCCUCAUCUCGGCGUCAUUCUCGAGACCCUAACGCCCGGCGUUCCCAACAAAGCGAUCAAAGAUCUGGACAAAGAGUUACUCGAGUUUACCAUAAACUCAAUGAAAGAAUGUCUGAACGAAAGCGCCAAAGAGAUGGAAACCCGUCGGCACAUGAAUUUCGUGACCACAAACUCCAUCUUCACGUAUACGACAACAUCGCUGUCCCACACAAACGACUCGACACAUGUGACCAAUAGUUUCAGUAACGUUCAGUUGUCUACCGGUCUUCAGGCGCCUAUUCCUACCACUUCUUCGUCUACUUUUAAUUUAUUCUCAUCACAAAUAUUGCCACAAAUUAAUGGCGAAAACAUCGAAACCACUGCACCGUUGCUCUCAUCGCAAAAAGAUAUCAAAACAAAUACAACUCUUAAUACUAAUUCUCUCCAAACAUUGGAAUCAAACAAUUUUGACGAUUCUAAGCCAACGAAAGGCAUUACAUUAAGAGAGGAUUUGUCGCAAAAUGAGCUUAAAAGUAGUCGUGAAAUUGAUGUCCACUUAAACCAAAUGCAUAAUAAUAACGAUAACGAGAAGAGAGCACCGAAUCAUUCACCCAUACAUUCCACGGCCAGGCAUUCGGCCACCACUUUAACCAAGAGUUUGGGAGGUCUGGGAAGCGUGUCAUCACUGUUAGAGGGGCCCAACAACGGGGGCGCAGGUGUACUCAUGAAAGUGAAUACAUUGUUAAAUAGAAACAAAGCAAACGCCGGUAAUAAACAACACAAACCAAACUCAUUAUCGAUCAAAACCACCGAAAAGACAAACAACGAGCGGAAGACAGAUAUCGCAGACUUUUCUGUGAUUAAAACGUUAAGAAAGGGAGGACACAACACCAACAGUGAUAAGUUAGUACAGCCGUUGAAGUACUAA